AUGAGCGAAAAGCCCCUGGCAGCCAAGAUGAAGUCUCUGAUGUCUGUGUGCUGCUUUCUGGCUCUCCUGGUGCUGUCUGCUGCAGAUCUCCUGCCAGAGUCCUCCGUCCACGAUGAGGAGCCUCUGGUGCAGCUGCAGCUCCAGCAGCCAGAAGGAGACCUCUUCUCCUGUGGAUGUGACGCCACAGAGGAUCAUGGCAGCCAAAGCUCCUCCAACGACACCCCGGCCCCAGAGAGGGCCUUGUGCCAGCCCUGCAAACCUCCGUCACAUUUAGAUGCUGAGGAAGAGGCUGCUUCUGCUUCAGAGCACGAAGAGGAGGAAGUACCUUCAACCGAAGAGGAUUCUUCUGCUGAGGAUGUUGCGAGUGAAGAAGAAAUAGAAAUGGUAGAAGAGGAGGAGGAAGAGGUGGCAUCUGAGGAGGCUGAAGAGGAUCAAAGUAUGGCGGAAGAGGAGGAAGUAGCUGAGGAGGUUACAUUAGCUGAAGAGGAGACAUUGGCUGAGGAAGGGGAAACUGAGGAAGAAGCAAGGGAAGAAUUAUCCCAAGAGGAAGAAGAAGAAGUGAAUGGAUCUCAUGAGGAUGCAGCAGAAGAGGAGGAAGCUGCUGCUGAAGAAAUUGUUGAGGGAUCAGAAGACAAAGACAUGCAGGAAGAACCAAAAGCAGCAGCUGAGGAGCAGAUAACUGUGGUGGAAACUGUACUACAGGAAGACACUUCUGAAGAGGAGGUCGAAGAAACUGAGUCAGAAGCAGAAGCAGAACCAGUGGAGAGUCCUGAAACAGAACUCGAACCUGAAGAAACAGAACCAGAAGCGAUAGAAGAACCGAUGCCAGCAUCAGAUGCAGUUCCAGAGGUGACUUCAGAACCUGAAGCAGAACCAGAAGAGACUGCAGAACCUGAGACUGAAGUGAUUUCUGAAGCAGAACUAGAGCCAGAGCCAGAGCCAACAGUUACUGUAGAGCCAGAGUCCAUUCCUGAGCCUGAACCAGAACCAGAAGUGGUUGCAGAACCUGAGACUGAAGUAAUUUCAGAGCCAGAACCAGAAGUCAUUCCUCAGGUGGAUCCAGAGCCUGUGGCAGAGGAAGUCACACCAGAACCUGUUGAAGAAGUAGCUGUGGAAGCACCAGCUGCCGUGGUUGAAGAGGCACCUGUGGAUGUCCAGGAAGUGACAGUGGAGGACGUAACCGCAGAGGAACCAGCACAGCCUCAACCCAAAGAACACACAAAAAGUGAGGCGUCAGGCCGCGCCAUGAGGGACCGCUCCCACAUCGAGGACACGCUGCGACUGGCAACAUCUGAACCCUCAGCAGAGUUCACAGGUGCUGUGAAGACACUGUUGAACAUCUACCACAAGUCCAUCAAGCCAUUGGAAGAAGCCUUCAAGUACAAUGAGCUCAGGCAGCAUGAAGUCACAGAUGGUGAGAUUACCUCCAAGCCCAUGGUUUUGUUUCUGGGUCCCUGGAGCGUGGGCAAAUCAUCCAUGAUCAACUACCUGCUGGGCCUUCACGGAAGCUCCCAGGAGCUCUACACAGGUGCUGAACCCACCACCUCCGAAUACACCGUCAUCAUGCACGGAGAGAAGGUUCGGACCAUCGAGGGCAUCGUCAUGGCAGCAGACAGUUCUCGCUCCUUCUCUCCCCUAGAGAAGUUCGGUCAGGGCUUCCUGGAGCGUCUGGUUGGCAUCGAGAUGCCCCAUAAGCUGCUGGAGAGGGUCACCUUUGUCGACACUCCAGGCAUCAUUGAAAACCGCAAGCAGCAGGAGAGAGGUUACCCGUACAAUGAGGUGUGCCAGUGGUUCAUCGAUCGAGCAGAUCUGAUCUUCCUGGUGUUCGACCCCACCAAGCUGGACGUGGGAGGGGAGCUGGAGAUGCUCUUCAAGCAGAUGAAGGGCCGAGAGUCCCAGAUUCGCCUCAUCCUCAACAAGGCCGACAGUCUGACCACCCAGGACCUGAUGAGAGUCUAUGGAGCCCUGUUCUGGAGCAUGGCGCCACUGAUUAAUGUCACAGAGCCUCCUCGUGUAUACGUCAGCUCCUUCUGGCCUCAGGAUUACGCUGCUGAGACCAGCCGAGAGCUCUUCAUGAAGGAGGAGACUUCUCUGCUCGAGGACCUCAACCAGGUGAUUGAAAACCAGAUGGAGAACAAGAUCGCCUUCAUCCGUCAGCAUGGCAUCCGUGUACGUAUCCACGCCCUGCUAGUGGACCGCUACCUCCAGACCUACUACGACAAGCUGGGCUGGUUCAGCGACACCUACGAGGUCUUCCAAGACAUUGUCAAUGAUCCAGAUAAGUACUACAUCUUCAAAUCCAUCCUGGCCAAGACCAACGUCAGCAAGUUCGACCUGCCGGACAAGGAGGCCUACCAGGACUUCUUCGGAGUCAAUCCGAUUUCCCACUUCAAGCAGCUCUCCUCCCACUGCAGCUGGACUGGCGGCUGUCUGCUGGAGAAGAUAGAAAGAGCGAUUUCACACGAGCUGCCGGCUCUACUCAACAGCGUAAACAAGAGUCCAGACGUACCUGCCCCUACGAAGGCCUCACCAACGCCUCCGCCUCCUCUCCCCGGAACCUGCGAGGGUCCUGGAUGUGAAGAGAAACCCAAGAACCGCUGGAGGAGGCAGUGAGAUGGAGGAGAAGGGUGCAGGAGGAGGAACAGAGGAAGCAGAUGGCAGCAGCAGCCAGAGGGUUUCCUGAAACAAUCCCCACUGAUGUGGUUUUCAGGACUGGCUAAGGGGAGACUGAGAAGAGAAAGAGAAUAGAAAAUGUGUAAAGAUCUACAGAAACUGGCAGAGCCGAGCCAGAGAGUACUGAAGAAUAUUUCUUAGUGCUUGUUUUUGUCUGCAUGAAAUGGACAGAACAUGUUCCCACCUGGUUUUCAAAUACUUUAAUAUGAUUUAAAAUAAUAACAACACUCUGGUAAACGCUGUCCCAUGUAUGUAAGAUAUAUUUUUUAAAGGGCAAAUACAGUUUUGCACACACUACUCGACUACAGUUUCUGUCGGCAAACUGUGCUGCAGCAGAUAAAGCUUCUGUCACUAGAGGUUAAGUUUAUGUAGUCUCUCAUGAUACAACAUCUGAGGACUGUUGUUUUCUUGUUUCAAGUUUGUACAUUAUUUAUUCACAUUUCUUUUUCAUCAGAGAAAGAUGUUGGCAGCGACUGCACUCCUGCAAAGAGAGUCAGUGCUGCCACUUUUGUAUUUUGUGUGCAAAGUCUCAAGAUUUAGUCACAUCUGCUGUGCUGUGUUUUUACUGCCUCUGUUCACCUGACACCAGGUUAAUGACCUGAAACUGAGGUCGAUAUUUGUACAAUAAAACGGACAGAAAGGUG